GUUCCGAAACGGCCCAUUUUGGCGUAUUUAGCACGGACUUGUGGCUGCCCUACCGCAGGAGUAUUGACGUGUUUUGCCUUGCCCUUCCACCCAAGCGUCGAUCUUUGACUUAGUCGUGGCUUCUCCACCGUCUGGUUUCACAGCCAGCCUUUCGUCAUGGCAUGACCUGUAGUUCGCGGCGCCAAAUAUGCCAGAUCUCUUGCUCCGUUCUAUUUCUAGCGCACAGCUUUCUGCGCAACUAUAUAUGUGCUUUCUUCGCUCUGUUCACUACACUGUUCGUUUCUAGCCAGAUCGCCGCCCACGCUGGCAGCAUCGACGUUUACUUGCACACACUCCCAGGCUCACGGCAGCUACCAACAUGGCACCACCAGUGUCCGCGACACUGCGGAAGAGGGUUCUGAAGGUGCUCUUCAUAUCACUACUCCUUGACCUGAUUUCGUUCACCUUCAUCCUCCCCCUCUUCCCCAAACUCCUCGAAUUCUACCGCAACCACGAAACCGGCGACCCGAACACGGUCCUCUCGAAGAUUCUCGCCGGCCUCAACGCAUACAAGAACUCGUUUGCGAAACCGAUCAAUUCGCGUUACGACAUUGUCCUUCUCGGCGGCGCGCUUGGCUCGCUGUUCUCACUAUGUCAAGCCAUUGCCUCGCCGGUAAUUGGCACCUUGUCGGACAAAUACGGACGGCGCACGGCGCUACUUUGGUCCAUGGCGGGUAAUGUGCUCAGUGUUGCGCUGUGGGUCGCUGCCACGGACUUCCGGACCUUCCUUGCGAGUCGCAUAGUCGGGGGGCUGAGUGAAGGGAAUGUGCAGCUCGCCAUGGCCAUCGCGACAGACAUCAGUGAUGACAGUCAGCGCGGUGCUACCAUGGCGCUUGUGGGGGUGUGUUUCAGCAUUGCCUUUACGUUUGGACCAGCGCUGGGCGCAUACUUGGGGAGUUUGCCAGCCAUGAACGAGAACCCAUUUGCCAUGGCGGCGGGCUUCUCGCUGUUCCUAAUCGUCACGGAGAGCAUCUACCUUUAUUUCUGCCUCCCGGAAACCCUACCCACGGCGACCACGGCACAAAACGGUACCACGACGAAACACACGGAAGCGACCGAGAAGCAGACACCGCGCGUACGGACAAACUCGCACACCAUUCUCAACGCCACGCAUUUCACCUUCAUCCUCUUCUUCAGCGGCAUGGAGUUCUCGCUCCCAUUCAUGACAUACGACCUCUUCGCAUACGCAGCGAAAGACACAGGCAAACUCCUCGGUUUCAUCGGCCUCGUCGCUUCGCUACUGCAGGGCUCCGUCGUCCGGCGCAUGCACCCAUUGAAGGUGGUCAAACUAGGCGUAGCCAGCUGCACAAUAGCCUUCUUCUUCCUCGGGAGAGUACAAUCGCAACUCGGCCUAUACGGCGCUGCGGCAUUACUAGCAGUCACAAGCGCGACGGUCGUCACGGGAUUGAACAGUCUCUCCUCAUUUGAAGCGAGCGCCGACGAGCGCGGGAACAAGCUGGGGAACCACAGGAGUUUCGGGCAAAUCGGCCGCUCUCUGGGCCCGCUGAUCUUCUGCUCGCUUUACUGGUGGGCCGGUCGCGAGACGGCGUAUGCGGCUGGGUCUGUGGGUAUGGUCGCUGUGUGUGCGUUGGUGUUUGGCGGGUUGAAAACUCCGCCAGGUACGGAGAGUGUGAAGACUAAGCCGAAGCAGGCCAAGCAAGCUGGGAGCUCCCAUCCCAACACGACGAUGAACAACACCGCCGCCGCUGCGUCGGUGGCGGCAAUCGGGAGUCUAUCCGCGUAUCUAAACGCAAAAUACCACAUUGGCCAAGACCUACGAGCCCUGGGAUUUAUGCGUAGAGCAGGGAAGAAUUACGCCGAGCUGGUGAAGAAUAAACGCCAAUGCAUCUGGUACUCGUUUGCGCCCCAGGUCCCCAAAUACGCAAAUGAACUGUGUAUCUGGUCGCGGGAGAAGACGUACACGUGGCAGCAGGUUCAUGAUGGCGCGGUCCAGUGGGCGCAUUUCUUCCUCGCCAAUGGUGUUAGGCCGGGGGAUAUGGUCGCGACGUAUUUGAUGAAUAGUGCGGAUUUUAUGGUUAUUUGGUUGGGACUGUUUUGUAUUGGUUGUGCGCCGGCUCAUUUGAACUACAACCUCAAGGGUGAGAGCUUGAUUCACUGUUUGAGGAUCGCGGAUGUCAAGAUGGUGCUGGUGGAUUCGGAAGCUGACUGUGCUGCGCGGUUCGAGGAGUGUCGGGAGCGCGUGGAGAAAGAGCUGGGUGUUAGGCCGUUUACGGUGGACGAUGCGUUGCUGGAGAAAGUAAGGUCCGGCCCUACCAAUGUGCCGGGCGACGAGUAUAGAGUGGGCGUCGCCGGCUCGGAUCCAGUCUGUCUGCUAUACACAUCUGGCACAACAGGGCUCCCCAAGGCGGGGAAGUUCAUGGUCAGCCGGUACCAUGAGCGCGGGAAUCCAAAGAAGCUCCCUUUCGAUCAAACCGCUGGGCCGAAUGGCGACCGGUGGUAUUGCUGCAUGCCGCUGUUCCAUGGCACGGGAGGUUUGGCGUCAAUGGCGGCUCUCACAGGCGGCAUGAGUAUAGCCAUAGGGCGGAAGUUCUCCGUCAGCACCUUCUGGGACGACAUCCACGACUCGCAAGCAACAAUGUUCAUCUACGUCGGCGAAGCAGCACGAUACCUCCUCAUGGCGCCUCCACACCCCCACGAAAGAAACCACCGCCUACGCGGCAUGUACGGGAACGGCAUGCGCCCUGAUGUCUGGAACCGGUUCAAAGAGCGUUUCAACGUGCCCGAAGUCAUCGAAUUCUUCAACUCAACAGAAGGCGUGCUGCAGAUGGUCGUCCACUCCAAGGGCCCCUUCACAGCAACAACCGUCGCCCAACACGGCCUCCUCAUCAGACAAGCCCUCAAAAACGUCUACGUGCCCGUCCCCAUCGACGCGGAAACAGGCGAGCUGGUCCGCGAUCCCAAAACCGGUUUCGUCACACGCAACUCGUACACCGACGGCGGAGAGAUUCUGGUCGCCGUCCCCGCCGAAGACGCCUUCGCAGGAUACCACAACAACCCCAAAGCCACAGCUAAGAAAUUCGAACGCAACGUCUUCAAACACGGGGACUUGUACUACCGCUCUGGGGACGCGCUGCGGCGCGACGACGACGGACGAUGGUUCUUCCUCGACAGGCUGGGCGACACGUACCGGUGGAAGAGCGAGAACGUGUCCACAGCUGAAGUCGCAGAAGUCCUCGGAAAAUAUCCAGGCGUAGGCGAGGCCAUUGUAUACGGCGCGCUGGUGCCCAAGCACGACGGCCGCGCGGGCUGUGUUGCCCUGCGCCUCACUAACGGCGUCGACCCCACGACGUGCGAUUGGAGCGCGUUUCUGCAGUAUGUAAGGGGUAAGCUGCCGAAGUACGCGGUUCCGCUGUUCUUGAGGCUGGUGAGCGAGGGCUCGAAUACGGAUAAUCAGAAGCAGAAUAAGGGGCCGUUGAGGGAGGAGGGGAUUGAGCUCGAUCGGUAUGGGACGAAGAUGGUGGGCGGGAGGGAUGAUGUUGUGUUGUGGAUUAAGCCGGGCGCGGAUGCUUAUGUGCCGUUUGGGAUGGAGGAUUUGCAGAUGUUGAGGGGGGGGCAGACGCUUUUGUAGGGGGUUUGGUGUUUGGUGAGGAAUGGAUAGAUGGUGUUAUGUGGAGGAUUUGCUAAUUUAAUAUGGACUCACGGACAAUU